AUGAGAGGCCCCGUUCCCAACAUGGCGCCCCUAGAUACAGAUGCCCCAUAUCGGGCCACUCCCGACCCAGAGGGGGACUCGCAAUCCUCUUCGAGCAACUCUCCGGCUCGCGCAGACUACGAGGAGUCGGAUUUCUACCUGGGCAACAACGAUUCCCAGUCCUCCAUCGGUGUGCCCACCUUCCAAGAUAUGGCCGUGUCGGAAGAAGUUUGCAUGCCCCCCGCGAAUCGCCUCCCAGCAGAGGUCCUUAUUGGCAUAUUCUCGAAGCUCAGCAACCCGCAGGAUCUGCUGAACUGCAUGUGUGUAUCGAAGAGAUGGGCUCGGAACAGUGUGGACUUGCUGUGGCAUCGGCCGGCUUGUACGACGUGGAAUAAGCAUGGCUCGAUCUGCAGAACGCUCAGCAUAGCCAACCCAUACUUCGCAUAUCGAGACUUCAUCAAGCGCCUCAACCUGGCUACGUUAGCAGACGGGGUCAACGAUGGCAGCGUUUUCCCGCUCUCCGUCUGUACGCGAGUCGAGCGUUUGACGCUGACAAAUUGUGAAGGUCUGACAGAUCACGGACUGAAAGGUCUCCUCACGGAUUGCAGCCAUCUCCUUGCUCUGGACAUAUCAGGCGACACGCAAAUCACCGAGGCAUCGAUGUUCACUCUGGCAGAAAACUGUCGACGAUUACAAGGACUCAACAUCUCCGCUUGCAUAAAGAUCUCUAAUGAGUCUAUGAUUAAGGUCGCUGAGAAGUGCAGAUACAUCAAGAGGCUGAAACUCAACGAAUGCGAACAACUCGAAGACCUUGCCAUUAUGGCCUUUGCGAAGAACUGCCCCAACAUCCUCGAAAUCGACCUACACCAAUGCAAACUGAUCGGCAACGAACCAGUCCAUGCUCUCCUUACCAAUGGCCAGACCCUCCGAGAACUAAGACUUGCCAACUGCGAACAGAUCUCCGAUGCUGCCUUCCUUACCUUACCUCCCAACCAAACAUACGAACAUCUACGAAUUCUUGAUCUGACAAGCUGUGCACGCCUGACGGAUCGAGCUGUUGAGAGGAUCAUUGACGUGGCCCCCCGAUUGAGGAAUUUGGUGUUUGCCAAAUGCAGAAACUUGACUGAUCUGGCUGUGAACGCUAUCAGCAAGCUGGGAAAGAAUCUCCAUUACCUCCACCUGGGACAUUGCGGACAGAUCACGGAUGCUGCUGUCAUGAAGCUUGUCCAAUGUUGCAACCGAAUCCGAUACAUCGACUUAGGCUGCUGCGUUCAUCUGACUGACUCAUCAGUCAUGAAGUUGGCUUCUCUUCCCAAGUUACGCCGAAUUGGUCUUGUUAAAUGUUCCAACAUCACCGACGAGAGUGUUUAUGCUUUGGCACAGGCUCAACGCCCAAGACAUGAUCGACAUGGUCGGAUCAUGAGACCCGAUGAUCCAGACUUCAUGAUUGGCAGUAGCCUCGAGAGAGUUCAUCUUAGCUAUUGCACUAACUUGACGCUCAACAGCAUUGUUGUCCUCCUCAACAACUGCCAAAAACUCACCCAUCUCAGCUUGACAGGUGUUCAAGCCUUCCUUCGAAAUGAUCUUGAACAGUUCUGCAGGGACGCACCUCCAGAAUUCACUGAGCAUCAACGAAAUGUCUUCUGCGUCUUCUCUGGACAAGGAGUCACUGGUCUUCGCAACCACCUCAACCGUCUGGAACCAACUGGUGGCUUCGAUGACCCAAUGACGGGUGCCGAUGACGACGAUGAUCAGACUAUGACGGGCAUGGUUGGGGCAACUGCAAUGAUGGGCAUGAACCCGUUGAAUGGCGACGACGAAGACGCAGACGAGGAGCUUGAGGAUGGUGAUGGAGGUGGCGACGGAGGCGUGUCGUUCCAUCAGACUUGA